GCCAAUCAUAGUCCAAGGCACCAUAUUGAAUUUUGUUUGUGUUUUGGUCCGAGGGUCUAAGUUCCUCACACCGUUUUUUCCUCUUCAGAGUACUUUUCACAAAUCCUUGUUUUACUUGGAGCACACAUCUAGGAGCCAGUGAUAAUGUUACACAACUGAGUGAGUUGACAAGGGAAACAUGAAGCUGACUGAAGUUAAAAAGCUGAAAGUACCCGAGCUGCGAGUCAGACUCAAAUCACUCGGCUUGGACAGCAAGGGACUCAAGGCUGAACUUGUCGACAGACUUUGGUCUGCGCUUGAAGCAGGACCGACGACACAAACAAGUCAGAGCGGCCAAGGAGACGGCGAAAGUGUUUCUGACGACGGGGAGGAGGUGACAGCACAAUAUGGCAGUCCGCCGGGACACUCAGCACCGACGGAGAUGUCGGCCGCUUCGCCUGCCGACCAGAGCGCAUCACCGCCAUGCGCCGACGCCGCGCCACGCAGCCCCGUCUGCGGCAGGAAGUACUCAGACAGCGGCACUCAGACGGAGCCCGACACCGAGCCCGUACUGCUGCCAGACCCACCGCUGGUCACACGCUGUCUGUCGGCGGAGAAGCAAGGCUCCCAGGAGGCAUGUAGAGGAAUGAAACGGCGAGGUGAGCAGACCGUCCAGGAGCACCACGACGCCACGGAAGCCCCUGUUUCUGCAUCUGGAUCUAAGGCACAGUCGGGCUCAAGGCACAGUCCGGUGCCCCAAGCCGGGGAGGGGGAGUCGGCGAGGGAGCACGGAGAGGGAGAGGGGAAGGAUGCGGACAGGAGAGUUCUGUCAGCGGAGGAGAUGGUCAGGGGCAGGGCUUUCUACGAGUUCAAAGAGGAGGUCCGCUACAAAAGGUCCAAAACACCUCCACCUCCACUUGAGAGAGAGGCGGUAGAGGAGGAGGAUGAAGACAGAGUCCGGCUAGAUCCAUAUGGCUGUGACCUCCACUUUGAGGUGGGUCCUGACGGUGCCUGUGGCCAGCCGCGGUUCUGGGCCCGUUUCCCCUUGCUGUGGUCAGGCUGCAGGCUCACCCACGGGGCGCUGCGGGGCAGGGUGGGCUUUGAGGUGAGACUGGAGAGGAAGCUGUUGACCACAGAGGUGGAGGAAGAGGGAAAGGAGGCCCAAGACCUGGAGCCCUACGGCCUGAGAGUGGGCUGGUCAGCCGCUAACAGCUCACUGCUGCUGGGUGAAGACAACUUGUCUUAUGCAUAUGAUGGACACGGCAGAAAAGUGUCAGGUGGAAAGGAGGAGGAUUUUGGAGAACCGUUCUCACAGGGUGAUAUCAUUGGCUGUUAUGCUUCCUUCUCCACAGAUGGUGCUGUUGAGCUGUCCUUCUGUAAGAACGGUCGUUUCAUGGGUGUGGCGUUUUCCCUGGGUGCCUCAGUGCUGCGGGGUGGCGCCCUGUUUCCUCACGCCCUCUGUAAGAACUGCUCAGUCAGAUUCCUCCUGGAUCCCACAGCCCCUCCCUGGUACCCCGGCCCUGCAGGAUUCAACCCACUGGUGUCGCUCCCUGCAGGCAAAAGGUUUCGAGCAGCGCCAGCCCCGAGCUCCAGAGCGCAGUGUGAGGUGGUGAUGCUGGUGGGUCUUCCUGGUUCUGGGAAGAGCCACUGGGCCAGGACUCUGAUGAAGCAGCAGCCCGAGAAGCGCUUCAGGCUCUUGGGCACCGAGGAGCUCCUCACCUGUAUGAUUAGCGGAGGUCAGCGGGAGAGCAGGCUGCAGCAAGCGUCUCAGUGUCUGACUGAGCUGAUCAAGACGGCCGCCCAAACUCCAGGGAACUACAUCCUCGACCAGUCCAAUGUGCUCUUCUCUGCGCGGCGUCACAAGCUGCAGCUCUUCAGGGGCUUCAGGCGGCGGGUGGUGGUGCUCUUCCCCUCAGCCGAGGAGUGGAGAAGGCGACUGGCCCAGCAGGAGUUAGAGGACGGGGAGCACAUCCCAGAGACCGCCCUGCUCAAACUCCAGGUGAGCUGCACUCUUCCAGAGCAGCAGAGCGACCUGUUGGAGGAGCUGCAGUACGUCGAGCUGCCUGAGGAUCAGGCUCAGGCCCUCCUGCAGGACUACAGAAAGGAGGCACGCAGACUUCUGCCCCCCCUCCCGAAACAAGAGAGGAAGAAGCCUCGACUUCACAAGAGCAGACCCAUCACCUAUGGGCCUCCCCGCUGCCAUAGCAACCAGUGGGGUGGGAAAAAUGGGUGGGAUGGCACAAGGAUCGGUCUGCAACCAUGGAGCCAGCAGCCAGGAUAUUGGAACAUGUAUCAAGACCAAGGGUACUACUUCAACAACAAAGGCUUCAGCUACAGCGAUUAUCAGGGGUACUUGUGAACAUGGAGCGAGAUAAAACAGGCUGCCAAACUCUCCAGUGGCCCUUUUCAGGCACCGAGGGUAACCCAGAACUUUCCACAAACUGGAACUUGCUAGAGCCCAUGAAGUUCAGGGACUGUUUUUUGGUUCCUUUGCCGCUGGAUGAAGAAAGCCGCUGUCAUGCAUCAGGCUUGUUGACCUAUUUUAACCCAUAGCUUUUUUGACAGACUGUUUCAGCCUCUAAUAUUCUGUACAACUUUGUUUUUACAACUUGCAGUUUGCAGUGUUUUUGCCGUGUGUUUUCAGUCUGUUGUUGCUGGCUGAUUUGUGUUGUAGCCCUCUGAUGGUUGUGCAUUUACAGAAGUGUUGUCAAGGCUUGACCCAUCCAGACGGACAGGCCUGCUAGCUCUUCCUAAAGCUCCCUCGAUCUCAGGUUUAAAUAUCUCCUCCCAAGGAGGGCUGAAAUCAGGUUCCAAACUUCAUCUGUCAUGGCCCUUUUGGAUUAUCAGGGGGAAACCAGGGACUUCCCAGAACCUGUGAAGUUCAGGUUCUGCCUUUUUUUUUUCCUUUUCACUGCCUGGAGAACCAGCCGAGAAGAGCAGGAGGUGCUCCAUAAAAAAAUCUUAGUCUUGAUCGUUUUGUAGGCUUGCUCUUUUAUGGCCAGCUCUCCCAAAUACAGGUAAAUUUUUGAAUACAGUUUUUUAUUUGUAACAACCAAUCUAUAAUGUUUUUCUUGUAGAUCUAAUAUUUUAUUAUAGAUCAGUGUUUCUAACAGCUGAGAUGAGAUCCUGCUGGAUACUGUAAAACUUCUGUUAAAAGCCGAGUCAAUCACAUCGAAACAGUCCUGAGGCUAUUUAACCCAUUGAACCCCCACUAGUUGACAGAUUUUAUCAGCUUCUGACACUUUAACAUGCACUUUGCAAUUUUUUUGCUGGUUAUUUUUACAGUUUGUUUUUCUCUAGUGUUGCUUCUUGGCUCUCUGAUAGUGCAUGUUUACAGAAGUGUUGCUAGGUCAUCACUUGGGUCAGUCAAGAUGAAAGGCCCACUAACCCUUCGCAAAAGUUCCUGGAACUCCGAUUGUCGCCUCAGCUCCUGAGCAGGGACUAAAUCAGGCACCAGGAACUAAACCUGUACCCGUGUUGGGGCCGAUGGAAACUACACCAGAAGCCACAAAACUCCCUUCAAGGCACAGCACAUCUUCCUAAGUUCUUACAUUGAAAAAGGGCCAUAGUUUUUAUUUUUUUCCAUUAUUUUGUGGAAACAAGAGAGUGGACUAAAUGAACAAAUGACAUCCUACAGAGAGGUACAAUCUAUAUGGAGUUUGUUAAACUACAGUUUUGGUUUUAACCCUUUCACGCAUAGCGGUCACUACAGUGGACAGCUGUUUAAAGUCGUUUCUCCUAAAUGCAGUGGUUUCUAUGGUGGAAUUGCAUAUCAGCUGUUAGAAUGCUCUCUGCUGCUCC